AUGGGCUCCAAGCUGCGCGACCGGGUAGCCGGCCCCGAUACCCCGGAACCUCCUUAUCCUGUGCGACUGUCAGGGCCAGUGAUCAAGGGAUUUGGCCGCGGGAGCAAAGACCUCGGAAUUCCCACCGCCAAUAUCCCCGCCGACGACCUGUCCGAGAAGCACCCCGAGCUGACAAGCGGCGUCUACUUCGGCGUUGUAGCACUCGACCCGAAAACAUACAAACAUGAAAUAGUCGAGGGCAGCACAUCUACUGCGGUGGUUUUGCCGGCUGUGUUGAGUAUCGGAUAUAACCCUUUCUAUAAAAAUACCGUGCGAUCUGUGGAAAUCCAUAUCAUGCCCGCUCUCACGGAACCAUCGCCCACCGCUGCGGGGCACGAGGGCCAUACUAAGUUCCAUCGCUUGCCGGAUUUCUACAAAACGCGACUCAACCUGCUGAUUCUGGGUUAUAUUCGGCCUGAGUUUGAUUAUGUCUCGCUGGAGGCGUUGGUGGAGGAUAUUCGGGUGGAUUGUGAGGUUGCGCGGGAGAGUCUGCUGCGCGACGCUUACAAGAGCUAUCUUGUUGACAGCGGUAAAACAUCCGAGAAAGUCAGCGAGGAUCGUCGGUGGUUGGUGAGCUUUGAUUAA